AGCGAAUACACCAGUGGAACCUGGGUGUUGGUCCUGCGCCAUGGCCUGGAGUGAAUACCCGUUACUCUUUCUCAGGCCACAGUAGGUAAGAAUCCCUUGGGAAGCCGCGCCACCUGACCGCGUUGCGUCCCAAGCUCCAGGCUCCUUCAGGGCCUACGCAGUACAUAUAGAUCGGCUUGACCAGAUGCUAGCACUUCGACCCAGUCUCUCCAACUUUCGAAGUGUGCGUUCUGCAUCCCACCGGCGAACCCCUCCUCCGCCCUUGAGCGCUCCAUUUCGCGCAGCUCGCAAACACGCAUCCAAGAUCUAUCAAGACCUAAACGCAACCCGACUGUACAACGCUAUUGGAAUACCGCGGAGAUCGAUCAUUAUGGACGGAGUCCUCAAGCUUGAGACGCUCGAUCAAAGCAGCAGGAGACCACACGUCGGGAUUGUUGGCGCCGGCUUCGCUGGACUCAGAUGCGCCGACGUGCUGCUGCGGCAUGGCUUCCGUGUCACAAUCCUGGAAGCGAGGAACCGGCUCGGCGGCAGGAUAUAUCAAGAGAGACUGCCCAACGGUCACCUUAUAGACAUGGGCGCCAAUUGGAUUCACGGGACCACCGACAAUCCGAUCAUGGAUCUCGUUCGCGAGACCAAGACCCCCGUCGGCGAGUUUGACAGUCUCAUGUAUGCCUUUGACGAAGAUGGCCAGCUUCUUCCCCUCGAAGAGGCUGAGAAGUAUUCGACCUUGAUGUGGAAUAUCAUCGAGGAUGCCUUUGAGUAUUCCAACAAACACGGGGCCGAGAUCGACGCAGACCGGUCGCUCUUGGAUUUCUUCCAGGAGCAGGUUGUGACCAGGAUACCUGACACCGAGGCUGGCUAUGAAAGACAGAGGCGUAUCCUUCUCCAGAUGGCCGAACUGUGGGGCACCUUUGUGGGGAGCCCUCUCUCGAGACAGAGCCUGAAGUUCUUCUGGCUGGAGGAGUGCAUCGAAGGAGGAAACCUCUUCUGCGCGGGCACGUACAACAAAGUGCUGGAAAAGGUCGCUCAACCAGCCGUUGAUGGGGCCGACAUCCGCUACCAGACUCAGGUCUCGGAGAUACGCGGAAAGUCUGUUUCGCAGAGCGACACGGUCAUGGUCAAGACCACCGAUGGCCAAAUAUUCGAGUUUGACGAAGUAGUCGUCACUUGCCCGCUCGGCUGGCUGAAGCAGAACCUGCAAGCCUUCUUCCCUCCCCUGCCCGACCGCUUGUGUAAGGCGAUCCAGAACGUCGGUUACGGCAACUUGGAGAAGGUGUACAUCUCCUUCCCCACCGCCUUCUGGCUCACCCCCUCGCCAGAUAACGGCCGCGUCGGCCAAGGCUUCUGCCAAUGGCUCGCGCCCAAGUACGCGCCCGAGCACAACCCGCACCGCUGGCUCAACGAGGCGGUCGAGCUGGGCUCCCUCAGCGACGGCGCCGCCCACCCGACGCUGCUCUUCUACACCUACGGCGCGCAGUCGCAGCACCUGACCUCCACCCUCCGCUCGCUGGCCACGCCCAAGGAGCGGCACGACUUCCUGGCCGCGUACUUCCGGCCCUACUACGCGCGCCUGCCGUCCUACGACCCGGCCGACCCGGCCUGCCGCCCGACCGCGUGCGUCGCGACCGACUGGUCCGGCGACGCGCUGGCCGGCCACGGCAGCUACUGCAACUUCCCCGCCGGCCUGCGCGACGCCGACCGCGACGUCGUGGCCAUGCGCCAGGGCGUGCCCGCCGAGGGCGUCUGGCUCGCCGGCGAGCACACCGCGCCGUUCGUCGCCCUCGGCACUGCCACGGGCGCGUACUGGAGCGGGGAGCAUGUCGCGAGGCGGAUCGCGCUGGGUGCCGGCCGGGGAGGGGGCGAGGGGGCGGAGACGGGGGUGGACGGCUAGGCCGCUAGAUUGGCUCCUGACUGCUGGCUGGAGCGGUUGAAGCUUGGAUGGGUUCGCUGCCUUG